UUAGAUAUAUUCUGAAAGGGAGAUAACAAUGUUUAUCUUUCAGAUGAUGUCAACAUUGAUAGUGUCUAUUUCGUAAUUUAAUUUUCAGGCCAACAAAAUGGUUGAAUUAACGAAAACAUUGACAACAUUAUCUCUUCUCCUUUUUGUUUUUUACCCAUUGAACGUGUCUUCAGAGAUUCGAAUAAAUGAAGUGAAACUUUGGGGAGAUGACCAGUUUGUAGAAUUGAAAAACAUUAAUGAAACAGCUGCGGUUCCACUGGCUGGUAACUUUUCUCUGAUUUUAAUAGACGAGCCACCACAUCCGGUUGAUUUUCUUCAAGUGUAUCAAGUCGUAAAUAUUUCGAAUUUCAAUGAAAUAAAGGCUGGUGGUUUAGUUGCUAUUAAUGUUUCGUUCCCUGACGACGGAGUACUGAGUUCCACAGAAACUAAAAUUGGAGUGGUGUUAAUAAAGCAUACUGAAGAUGAAACAGAAUUUAAGAAAGGAGACAAUGUUACUCUCGAAAACCAAGAAGAUGCGCUAGUGUUUAAUCAUGAUACAGAAAAUAGUUUAACUUUAUUGUCGUACAUUGUAAAGCACACUCUUGAUCACAACGUUGACCUAAAAAAAGAUAUAAAUGAAUCACUUGGCAAGUGUAACGAGGGGAUUAUGUUUAAUUACAUGACUCCUUCCAAAGGAACAGAAAAUUCAUGUGGACCAGCCCCAGCAACUGUCACAAAUGUGGCAACUCUCGUAACCGAAGCAACAACAAACAACAGCACUGUAACAACCGUGACUACCAUGACUGACGCAAAUAAUAGUACGACGGUUGCACCGCCAACAAUAUCCACAACAAAUACAUCAGCCGUGACACCGACAACAAACACGUCAGCUGUGACAUCUGCAACAGACACAACAACUUCUGCUAAUACUGCUGGAAAAGCUGUGCUUCCUACCAAUCCUACAGUAAACCCAACCAGUGUAAAACCAGUAGAUGAAUCAUAUCUGCAGAUUAAUGAACUAAAUCUUCUCAUGGAAGAUGAAAUUCGGUUUAUCGAAUUAUUAGGACCAAUAAAUCAUGCAUUUGUUAAUGAAACCAUUGGAAUUGAGAUUAUUGGAGGAACAAGUGGUUCAACUCUCCUUGAUAUUAAAGUUAAUAAAACUGAUGUACAGGGACUUGCUCUUAUAGAUAACUUGCCUCAGAUAAAUGAAACAUCUCUAGUAAUUGUGGUUUAUCAUCAGAUGCAAAAAUCAAAAGACUGGCUGGAUAUCUUAAUGAUAAGUGUGGAUGGUAAUUUGAACUCCUCAGUGUUUGAAAAAUACAAAAAACCAAACUUACACCAAGUUUUCAUCUUUAACUCAAGUAAAAUGGAGUUUAAAGAUGAGAAGAUUGCCAUCAGUAAAUGUAAAGAAAGUGGGGGAAUAGUUAAACAAGAUUCACGUAAUUAUAUGUUGGCGUAUUCUACUAAAAAUCAAACCAAUAACUGCACAACAUAUUAUCAUGCCAAAGUUCAACUAAAACUAACAGAUGCGAAUUGUUCCAAAUUUAGAGAUUCUAGUCAGAAGAAAAAGUUGAUAGAUGAGAUUGUUAAAGACGUCGGAAUGAAGUGUCAAUGUGGAAUAUCAUCGUACUCUUUUCAAGAGCCAUCCAUCUAUUGUGGUGUGGUUUUUAAAGCUAAUCUACGUACCGUGACUAAAGUUCAGAAUGAAUAUUAUCUGAAUGCAUUUAAGGAGUUUGUUAAAAAUACGAAGGUUUUAACUGUGGAUGCAAAAGAGUAUCAUAUUGAUAAUACAUGCUUUGAAGAUUGUUAUACGAAACCUGGACCCGCUCAAAAUACAAGCAAAGGUAAUAAUAUCAGUACAACAGUGAUCGUCGUGGUAACCUGUGUUGUGGUAUUUCUGAUCAUAGUAGUGGUUGUUAUACUCUAUCUUAAGAAAAAGAGAAAUGGAUUACUACAAUUUAGUAUGGUUCGUUUAGAAGAAGACAAUGGAUUAUUAAUGGAUGACACUAAGGGAGUUCGAUUUAGAGAAGGAUCAGCCAUUAUUAUUUAAAGCUCAAGAAAGAUGACAAAGAGUCUGCUGAAAGUGUCUUUUUAACGGAGAUUUUUAAAUUUUAAAAAUAUUAUCUUGUGGUGCAGCUUGAAUUUUAUAGUACAUUUUAAUAGUUUUAAUUCUACUAUGGCUUGAAAUAGAUACAUAAUUGUUUUUGAAGCCGAGAUUGUUAAUCUCUUUAAAUGAAAAUGGUAGAUGUACGAUAACAUUUGUGCAAAUUUGUUUUAUGGACACCUCUAUUAUGGUAUCUGAACUUAGAUUCUAAAUUCUUUGGGAAAGAGAUUCUGAAUCUGGAAAAAAUUAAGAUUUUGAUUCUGAAUCUGGAAAAAAUUAAGAUUUUGAUUCUGAAUCUGGAAAAAAUUAAGAUUUUGAUUGACAACAAUCAAACAUGACUACAGACUACAAUAAAACUUGAACUUAGGCAUUAGUUUUAGAAAGCUAAUCCAUAGUGAUUUCUAAAAACUCAUUUUAAGAUACAUUUGUCUGGUUUUGAGAAAACUAUUGCAUUAUGACUUCUCAAUACUGGGUUUAAGAUGAAUUUAUCUUUGUUUUGAGAAAGCUAAUCCAUAAUGACGUCUCGAUACUCAUUUUAGGAUACAUAUGUUUCUUUUAUGGCGGCUAUUGUCUUUGGCAGCAGUAGUCUCGUUUCCGUGAAUAAUAAGUGAUUGAUUGUUAUAUUUAAAAGGAUAAAUCUAUGAAAGAAUACGAACAAAUCUGAUAAAUUGUUUUAAACAUAAUUUUAUGCAUUUCUAUUACAAAUAGAUUGGACAUUGAUAUGAUUUUAGAUUAGACAUUAUAUACAGGCCAAGCUUUUUCUUCAAACCAAUUUCAGAUUUUGACAUGAUAAAAAUAUUGAAUAUGAAAAUAACCACAUUAAAAUGGCUUUUCAAAAAUACGUAUCAGGGAUCUUAAUUGAUUGAUUAUAGUCGGCUUCAGUGGCUUGAUGAAUGAAUUGAUAAAACAGUGACCUGUAAAUGGUCUGAUUGCCAGUUUAUUUCAAAAUGGAUUAAGAAUCCUGAUACGUAUACAGGAUGAGUUGUGAUAUAUUAAAUAUAGUGCUAAUACUUUUAAAAAAUAUAAUCUUUUAGGCCAAUAAAAAAAAAUUACCUGUGUUUAUGGUCCAAUAAAUUGAUCAUAGUGAGUCAUCAUUAUUGUUGAGAACAUGAAUCAGUAAUUAAGGUAGAAAUGUUAGGAAAUAGAUAACAGAUACUUUACGGUAUUCAAAAGGACAUGACAAAGGCAUUAGAAUACAUGUAUCGAUAAUUAGUUCAGUUAAUCUUAAUCCAUAAACCCUAGUGAGAAUAAAAAAAAAGAUUAAUCAACCAACCAGCCGACCCUAUUUUUUGGACCAAAUAACCGUAAACACAGGUUUUAUUUUUUUUUUGGCAUUAGUACUAACAAACAUCUUAUAUUUGGUUUUAACAUUUAACAAAAUAUAUAUUAGAAUUAUUUCUUUUGUUGUGAUUUUAUUAUGAUUUUGUUGAGUUUGUUAUAUUUUUGUUGUGUUUAUUUAAACAGAGUUUUUUUUAUCUUGUAUAUAUAUAUAUAUAUAUAUAUAUAUACGUUAAAACAGCACUCUUGUUUCACUCAUUAUUGUCAAUUUUGACAGACUGGGCGACCUUCGGUAAUCAUGAUUCUGACUAUGGUCGUACUAACUGAAUCCGAAUUUUGUUUACUCCGGACCAUAAUCUGAAUCUAUGUAAGUCUAAGAAUUAUGCAUUAUUUCAAUAUUCAAUAUUUGUGCUAUGCAAAAAGUAAAAUCAAAUUACAAGGAAAUUUGUUGUCUCUAAAAAUUAAUUUGAAUCGCGCAAGUUUAAUUUCAUGAAAGUAUUAUCUGUUUAUUAAACUAUAUAACAUCAUAUUAUAGCGAUUCAUUAUGCUCCAUGGAGAGAUGUAUAGACCAUCCUUGAGCUUAAGGGUUUUUUUUUUCAGGUUUAUGGUCAAGGUCUAAAGCAGAGUAAAAUAACAUCACCAUGUCCGUCUUUCAACAGACCACUAGUUGUGAAAAAAUUAUAACCGAAGGUCGCCCUUGUGGUAAAAUUGACUGACUGGAGAACUCACUUAUCUGUCAAUUUUCAAUUACAUUUUUACUAAAUUUAAGCUUAAAACCCAAUCUUCAGUUUGGUUGAUAUUAUUCGUUAAUUUUCACAGAUUUUCAUAUUUUAUAUUGAUAAGAAUAAACAAAAUGUGAACAGACUGGUAAAGAAAGUUGAGUCCUUAUGUGGAUCAAAUAUAUUAUUUCCCUCUCCUCACAACCUUUGAAUGAUGAUAAAGUUUUAAUGGAAAUAUUCCAUGUUCUGUGCAUAUCGAUAAAACAUUAACAAAUGAUCAAUCAAUCUUCCAUUAUCAGGAAUCAUUAUUAUUCAAGUGAGAAAUUGAAAUAAUUUAAAAGGAAAAAAAAUAACUGGAUUGAUUUGAAGUGACUGAAGCAUGUGAAUGAAAUUAUAUUCAAGAUCUCAGCGUUUUUAUAACUCUUUGUGCAUAAAUGUCUGAGCUAUAUAUAUAUUUGCAUGAAAGGGAACGCUUGAUAUAUAGAGUAGAUUAAUUUGUGUAUAAAAUUUCAUAAAGAUAUCUUGGAACACAAAAAUUAUGAAUUUUAAAAAGUUGGAAAAGGCACAAUGGCUAUUAAAAAGUUAUGUGUGUAUGAAGUUUCGUAAAUAUAUCGUGAGUGGUUUCCAAGAUAUGACAAUGAAAUGUCUGCUAUCCUUAAAUGUAACGAUAAUUAGAUGUUGUUGGAUUGUUAUAAAGCUAUAUUUUAUUAUUGUGUUGACGAUUCUCUAUGGAUGAUCUAGGCCAUAGAAAAAACCAAAUCUGGUUCUCAGAUACUUCCACAUCACUUCAUAAAGCCUGUCAUUGAGUCAAUUGGCGUGGUUUCGAAUCCCUGGUUGUACUUGACAAGGGGUCGGGUCGCCUGUUCAACCUCGUGGGUUUUCUCUGGGUCCUCCGGUUUCCUCCCACUGCUAAAGACCCCUACGCGCAAGCGAAUUAUUGAAAUAAAAUUAAACCAUAUGUAAGUCCUGAAAUGACCUAUGUUGUGUCGAGUGGACGUAAAUAAGGGCUUAUUAAUAAUUUCUAUUACAUUUGAAGCCUAUAGAAAAUUCGAAUGAACCCGAAAAUGUACAAUAGGCUCAAUUAUCAAGUACACAUUGAUAAAUGUUAUUAACAAUCAUAAAUGAUACUGGAUAAUCAUACAAUCAACAAGAUGAUUAGAUAAAUGAGUAAGGAUUGUCUGAGAACCAAAUAUUUUUUUUGUACAGCCUUAUGUUGAACUAUGGUUGUAUAUAGAAGUUGUUGACAUAUAUGUAAUGAUUCCUAUUUCUGUAUCGACAUAUCAUCUUUUCAUUAUUAUGUAAUUGUUACUCCAUUUAUUCAAGCCUUUAAAUAAAGGCACCUGUCACAGUCAUUCAGACUUCUGUCAGGCACAGUUCCUCUGUUGUCUGUCAGUUGGUCUGGCAUACAUUUGUCUUUUCUCCAGUUUCAAGAAAAUGACCUCUUUGAUUUUAGUCGCAAAUAAAAUGGCCAUUUGAUUAAAUUUGAUGGUUUAUGCUGGAAAAAUUUUCUACAGCGAUUGAUAAAGCCCAUUUUAGAGAAAAUCAAGCCUUGAAAAAUUAGAUAUGGUCCGAAAAAUGCAGGGAGUUCGACUCUGGUGUCGGCCGAGCAAGGUCAUGAGGAUUUUGGAAUUCGAUGUGAGAGUAGGCCAUAGCUCAACUCUCUGGACAAGUUUCCCGCAUAGCACACUGUAUAGCAUAUGACCGCCUUGCUUAGCCAGGUUGGUGCUGAACAGUAGGACGUUAAACCCCAUUUCAUUUCAUUUACAUUUCCGAAAAAUGUAAAUAACAAUCAUCGGCUUUAAUGAUAUCAAACUUUUUUCUCCUUUAUUGUUAGAAAUACCACAUCAGAUUAAUCCAACUGUUGAUUGUGAUUUAAAUCAAAGAGAUUUACCUCUAUUUAAUUACCAUCUUACAAUUAUAAUGCACAAUGUAUUUCAUGUUUUCUCUGUAUUUGAAGUGCAGACACUUGUCUCUUGAUCUUAUCCAUUCUUAUCUUUCGUCAAUAAGGUUCGUUUUCCAUGUAUGCUAUUUCGCAGUCCCAUUACAACAUUUGCCUGGAAAACGGGCCUUAGGCUUUAUUGACUCAUCUUAAUGUGAUAAAAAUGUCUAAGAUAAAAUUCAUGGAACAAAUAAAGAUAACAGUGUUGAUGAAUAUUACCGUCUGUACCAGUAGAUCUCUAGAGCCAUAUUCAUAAAAACUUAAACUAUUAUAAGAAUUUGGUACUUUCAUUGGUAAGAAAUUAAACUAUUUUAAGAAUUCAGUGGUUUCAUUGGCUGAGAACUUAGAAUAUUUUAAGAAUUCAGUACUUUCAUUGGCUGAGAACUUAAACUAUUUUAAGAAUUCAGUACUUUUAUUGGCUGUGAACUUAAACUAUUUUAAGAAUUCAGUACUUUCAUUGGCUGAGAACUUAAACUAUUAUAAGAAUUCAGUACUUUCAUUGGCUUAGAGCUAAAAUUUGUACUAUGAUUUUAAAUCUCUACCAAUGAAAUGGCUACCUACUAGAAAUAUUUUAGUUGAAGUUUUCAUAAAUAAGGUCCAGAUUGCGCCAACUUGUAUUAAUAUAUGCAUGCAUGCAUGUUUUCAUAUCAUUCAGUGUUCAGUUAUCUUUCAAACAGUAAUUUUAUGAUGUUAAACAUUUGCUUGAUUUGGCUUUAAAAAUAUAGCAUUUAGAGACACAAAAAGGGUGAUAAAAUGAUCUUCAAAGAGUUUAAACUCUUGGAUUUUCUAUUGGUCAAAGAGGUAUAAAACAAUUAUUUUACUUUGGUCAUGAUCUAUUCCAAUUUUUAACUCGUUGCGUCGAAAUUAGGGUUGUGUAAGAAAAUAAGAAUUCUGUGAUCGUUGUCUCAGAUUUUAAAUUGGUCAAAGAGGCAUAAAACAAUUAUUUUACUUCGGUUAUGAUCUAUUCCAAGUUUUAACUGGUUGCGUCAAAAUUUGGGUUAUGUAAGAAAAUAAGAAUUCUGUGAUCAUGGUCUCUGUUGUUUGUUUAAGAUGUGAUAAUCUGAUAUUACUGUUAUAUCUCUUGUGUAUAUAAUGUAUAUAUAUAUAGUUAUUUGUAGCGCUUGUGUUUUCUAUUGAACAAGAUAUUUGGUUUCUUUCUUAAAGCAUGUGGCAAGAUGAGUGAAACUAGCUAUAAUAUAGAGUCCUUGCUUUAAAAAAGAAAUUGAUGUGUCUUGGAAUUAACAUGACUUUGAAUUAAUGCGACUUUGAAUGGAUGUGACUUGGAAUUAAUGUGUCUUGGAAUUAAUGUGAUGUUGAAUUGAUGUGAUUUUGAAAUAAUGUGACUUGAAAUUAAUGUCACUUUGAAUUUUUGUUAUUUGGAAUUAAUAUGACUUUGAAUUAAUGUAACUUGAAAGUAAUGUGUCUUCAAAUUAAUGCAACUUUGAAUUAAUGUCACUUUGAAUUACCAUAAUAUGUCUUGGAAUUAAUACAUCUUUGAAUUACCAUAAUACGACUUUGAAUUUCCGUAAUAUGUCUUAAUGCGACUUCAAGGAUGUAGACAUAAAUGUUUUUAAUAAAAUUAAUGCGAUUUAUCCGCAGCAUUCAAAUCUUUUGUUGACUGCUGUGGGUUGUAAUGAGAUCUGAAUUGAAAUUGGAAGUAACAUUUAUCGAAUUAACUUUUUAUAUUUGAAUAUAUAAGACAUAUCAAGGAGUAGAAAGUUAGCAUUGAGUGAGAAUUAGCGAUUCGAGAUUUAAUAUUUCUUCCUAAAAGGGUAAGAUAACUUGUUGCCGGCAAGGGCCAAAGAUAAUGGAUUUUAAUAAUGCCACGAUUGACAUUUAUCAGCCAUUAAGAGAUUUUUUUGUUUGCUUGUUUGUUCAUUAAUCUCCAUUGUUUUGAAAUCGUUACUCAUACGUUUUUUUUAUUUUUUAACAUUCCAUAAUAUAUUAAUUAUAUUCAUAGCUGAAUAGAAAACCAUGUGUUUGUUAAAAACUGCUUAUUUAUUUUUUGCUGUAAUUUUUGUGAUUGUUUGAGUGUUUUGACCCAAAAUUAUUUGGGAUAUUUAAAAAUUUGACCCAAAAUUAUUUGGGACUUUUAAAAAUUAUUUUAAAUUGUAAGAUAUAGCAUUACUGUUUUAGGACACCCAAAUCAAUUGGGAUUUUUUUUAAUUCUCAUUGUCUAAAUUUGUAGAAUAGAAAAAAAUUUUUGACUGUUUUUUUAUUGGACUAAGUUUGAAUUGAGCUUUGCUGUUUUGAAGUCAGAUUGUGCCAUAAGAGUAUGAAAUUUUAUAUUUUUUCAAAAUAAAAUCCUUCCAUAUUUUGCACUGCUCAAAUCAUUGUAUUAAUCCACCCCCAGAAAAUUAUUAUAUCAAAUUAAAUAAUUAUAUAUAUAAAAUAUUAACACUUCUUAUAAUAUCAAAAUUAAAUUUGGGGUUUCACAGACUUGAUCUGUCUUAUUCCCGAGACCCUUAUAUACAUGUAUUACACACUAGUUAGAGCUUCACAAUAAUGCUGAGACCCUUAUGCGCUAGCUAGAGUAUCACAAUAAAGCAAUUUUUGGGGUCCAUCAAUUACGCCUGUGUUAUAAUGAAGAUCUUAAAGGCAAUGGUGUUAUUUCAGAUUCAAAAUGCGGCACUUUGUUUAUAAUAUUUAAGAUUUAAACAUAACACAUUUAUUUUUGAGAAUUGAAACGUAACACUUUUGUUUAUAAUAAUUAAAGAUGCAUUAUGUAAGAUUUAGAGCUGGCCGUUCUGGUUAUACUUCUUCAAAAAUAGAUAAUGAAAAAUGAAUAUAUUGACAAUUGUUUAUUAUCGUAGCAACGGUGCUGGACAAACAAGACUUAGUCUUGAUUAUCCAUUUUAUCGUUAAAUUUUGAAAUCUAGGGAGCGAUCAAAUCCAUUUAAAUAUCUGCUAUCCAAUGGUUUAUAAUAUAAUAAUUUAUAUAACAUGAUUAUAAUAUAACAUAAUUUAUACCACAUGAUUAUAAUAUAAUAUAAUUUAUAUGACAUGAUUAUAAUAUAAUAUAAUUUAUAUAACAUUUGAAUCCACCAGAAUAAUCUGCAGUAGGCAGAUUUUACUCUUACAUAAUGCAUGUUUAACAUAUUUGUUUAUACAAGAUUUAAGACAUAACGCUUUUGUUUAUAAUAACAGAUAAAUUUAUUAAAUUCUUAAUUAAAUCUAUACCAAUAUUUUCUCCUGUUUUAUUUUUUGAUUGUAUGUUCCACUAUGUCUAAAGACAAGUCUUCCUUGAGCUUAUUCAAAAAAAAUGUGAGGUGUAAUUGGUCGACCAAUUAAAAAACUUGCUGUAGAAAAUUCUGCAAAAUGUUUUGAAAUGACCAAUAAUAAGAGACAUCCUUUUAUUGGAGAGAGAAAUUAUGUCUUAAGACAUUUGAUGAGGAACCCGGUUGCGAUCUCCUUAAAUUUGUCCGGAGAUGUUACAGAGGCAGGAUUUAGAGAAAAAGAUGACCAUUCUUGCCCUAAUAGUUAAAUAAUGAUAUAUGUCUAAAUGUUAAUUUGAAGCCAGAAAAAUGUCUUGCAAUAGGCAAAUUUAGCUCCUCGCAUAAGGUCUCUUUAAUGGAGUGACCAUCAGAAUAAAAUGUACAUUAAAACAAACAAAAAACAUCUAUUCUUUAUGGUACAUUUCAAUCUGAUUAAAACACAGAUCCUAUUUCGUUUAGUUUUUUAUAGUUCAAAAUUUCGUUUUAUUUGUCUUUAUUACACUAGGAUUUGGAAGAGUUGUUAUCAUUGACAUGUCCAAUAUUUCACUAGUAUAAAUAAUGUACGAUUGGCAAGUUGCCUGUACCAUUAUUUGAAAUAAUGGUACGCCAACAUCAAAGGGUGAUGCCACAUCUGUAUUUUAAUAUCAAAUAACAUAUGACACAAUUUUUAUACGCCCACAAUGGACGUAUAUUGUCGUCGCCCCCGUCCGUCCGUCCACAAUAGUUUGUACAGUCUACAGGUCACAAUUUUUAUCCGAUUUCAAUGAAACUUGAAAUAUAGCUUUAUCGCCCUAAGAUCUCGGUUCCUUUCGAUAUUGGCAUGUAUCGGACCGUAACUUCAUGGAUUAUGGCCCCUGAUUGUACGAAAAAUCAUGUUUUUGGCUUGUGAACACUAUAGAGGUCACAAUUUUUAUCCGAUUUGGUUUAAGCUUGAAAUGUAUGCUUAUAAGCCAAAGAUCUUGGUUCCUUUCGAUAUCUGUGCAUAUCGGAACAUAACUUCCUGAAUUAUGGCCCCUGAUUGUACGAAAAAUCGUGUUUUUAGCUUGUGGACCCUAUAGAGGUCAUAAUUUUUCUCUGAUUUAAAAAAACGUAUUAUUAUAUCACCGUUACACUCUAAGGACGACUGAGCUCAAAUUUCGUGAAAAUCGGCCCAAAACUGACAGACAAAAUGGCCGCCCUUCGUUCUCAAAUAGCGUAAAAAUAUGGUAUAUCAAGGUAUAGAGGUCACAAUUUUUAUCCGAUUUUGUUGAAACUUGAAAUGUAAGUUUAUAACCCAAAGAUCUUGGUUCCUUUCGAUAUUUGCGCAUAUCGAAUUGUAAUUUCCUGAAUUAUGGCCCUUGAUUGUAGGAAAAAUCACUUUCGUUUUAGCUUGUUUUCUAUCCAUCUCUCGAAAAUGCGGGCGUAUCCUGCCUGGCAGCCGCUGGUUUGGAAUAUAAUUACCGUUUAUUACUGAUCGAGAGUUGGACUAAACUUUUCUAGUCCUUGCUUGAUAAAGUAAUUGUAUUUGAUAAAAUUGUGUUUGGGGUAUUUACAUUUCAAUCACUAAAUGCCAUUAAAACAAGUUUAGUGUUAUUACAUGUAUUAAUAAACAAAGCGACAUUGACUAGUGUGGAUUGUUUUGUAUAAAAUACAGGGUUAGUUGUUGGAUCAGGAACUGCGGCAUUAUUCACAAAAACUUGGGGACCAGGAACUGGGGCAUCAUUCACAAAAUCUUGGGGACCAGGAGGCAUUAUUCACAAAAACUUGAGGACCAGGAACUGUGGCAUUAUUCACAAAAACGUGACAAGGAGUAGGGUCGCCUGUCCAACCUCGUGGGUUUUCUCCGGGUCCUCCGGUUUCCUCCCUCUGCUAAAGACCCCUAUGCGCAAGCGAAUUAUUGAAAUAAAAUUAAACCAUAUGUUAGUCCCGAAAUGACCUAGUUUGUGUCGAGUGGACGUUAAACCCCAUUUCUGUCUCUCUCUCUCUCUAUUCACAAAAACUUAAAGUGAAGUAUUUUAAGAAUGAAAAAGCUACAUCUUUGAAAUAUUAUAACUUAAGUUUUCAUAAAUAAGCCCCCUGGUCCCCAAGUUCUGUUCUUCUUGGUGUUAUGAGGAUGACACACACUGAGAAAAAAGCGUAAGGCCUUGCCAAUUGAAUCAACAUGGAACUUGGCAUGAUUGUUCUUUGGGCAAUUGCUUAUAGAUUGAUGGACUUUGAUAUUUGAUAUGAAUUACAAUUCAAAGAUGUUCGGUUCCUGGUCCAUAGUAUGCUCAUACUUGUUUCCUUGUCAAUAGUAUACAUGUACAUACCUUUAUUAGAUUUGUAAAAAAGAGAGAGAGAAAUAGGGUUUAACCUCCACUCGACACAAACUAGGUCAUUUCAGGACUAACAUUUGGUUUAAUUAUAUUUCAAUAAUUCGCUUGCGUGUAGGGGUCUUUAUCAGUGGGCGGAAACCGGAGGACCCGGAGAAAACCCACGAGGUUGGACAGGCGACCCUAGUCCUUGUCACGUACAACCGGGGAUUCGAAACCACGCCAGUUGACUCAAUGACAGGUCUUAUGAUACAGCACGCACAUGCUAACCAUUCGACCAUCCAACCCCCCUUGUAAAAAAAGAAAAAAAUGCUAUAAUUCACAGUGUUGUCUAUUUUGCAGGCCUUUUGGGAAGAUCAAGGGUGGGGGGGGGGGGGGCAAAUGGUUGAAAGUGUGCACAUUAUCUGUCAUUAGUCCAGUGGUGUGGUUUUGAUUCCCUGCUUGUACAUGAAAAGGAGUACGGUUUGCCUGUCUAACUUUGUGGGUUUUCUCCGGACCCUUGUUUCCUAUCACAGCUAAAUAGCCCUAUGUGCAAGCGAAUUAUAGAAAUUAAUUUGAACCAUAUGUUAGUCCCCAAAUGACCUAGUUUGUGUUGAGUGGACGUUAAACCCCAUUUCUCUCUCUUUGGGGAGAUCUUGCCAGUUGGGGAGAUCAGGCCAGUUGAGGGGGUAGUUUCAUCUUUUAAGAAUUCUUGGUUAGGUUUCCCCAAAGGCUGUCCCAUAAUUCAUUGAUCAGAACACACAAUCUUUAAAUCACAGGCAUUAUUUAAGAGCUUAAUCUGUCUAUUGUAGGUCUUUCUUUGGGCCUUAUUAUUAAAUGUUUUUGAACUAUUAAUUAGACAUUUAUUAACAUGACAAGACCAUAAUCUACUGUCGAUGCCAUCAAAUACCUCUGAUUUUAAGUAGAUUAGAACGGUUCAGCCAUUCAAUGAUUUAAUUUAAAAAUGGUGAAGCGAGGCUAAGACUCAAAUGACCAGUACGGUAUUUACGAUCAAUGCACACAUCUUGUCAGAACUACAGCCAUUGAUAACUUUGCUCAAAAUAAAGAAAUUUGAAUGAAAUUUUCAAUAUAUUCAUUUAACAUUAUCUAUUUUUGAAAUAUAGCCAGAACGGCCAGCUCUUUAUCUAAAUCUUACAUAAUGUAUCUUUAAAAUAAACUGACAUUUAAAUAUUGUUUAAUGGUCGAGACCGAGACAUUACGUAAUAUAUUGUAACAACAAGAGGAUUGUAGGCCUGAGUGUUUUUACAAUAUAUUACGCAAUGUCUUAAGCUCGAGACCAUUAAACGACUUAAAAUAAAGACACUUUGGGCGUGCUUUUACAGUGAAAUACGUCAUGCGAGUCCAAUAUUUCACUAGUAUAAAUAAUGUACGAUUGGCAAGUUGCCUGUACAAUUAUUUGAAAUAAUGGUACGCCAACAUCAAAGUGUGGCGUCACAUCUGUAUUUUAAAUGAUCAUUAUGUAUGUAUGAUCAUUAUGAUUGUAUCAAUCAAUAAAAUAAUUUCCGGUUUGUGUUACUUAAUAUAUCAUUUGUGUUUUUAUCAGUUUAUUUGUAUUAAUAAAAUCAUUUUAUUCUUAUUUAA